AUGUUGGGCCUUCGGUAUGCUCUGGGCCUCGGUAGGGCGUUCGAUCUGCAAGAUAACAAACGCUCGGUAAGACCUAGGGCACCGGUGUGGUACCGGCCGAAGGCUCUCCGAUGCUUAAGCCUUGGGAGGUGUGCAAGUUGUUUAGAAUUUCGAUGUGGGACUGUGGACUCCAAUUGUGGGACUGCCACGUGCCCCUGGGGGUGGAGUUGCCCUAAUCGUGCGAUCGGUAGGAACGGAACUGUAGCUAGGUGCCGAAGGCUUCCAUAG